AUGUCAAACGAUUUUCCGUUCGUGACGGCAAAUGGGUUCAAUCUCAGCAACUGCAAAGAUUCGCUAUUGAAGGUCGGUAUCAUCCAUCCAUCCCCAGAUGAAGCUUUUCUACAAUGUGCAACUCAAGACCCUGGAUCCGGACAAGUCUUCGCUCACUGCCCCAACAACCGCCUUUCCGAUGUUGAUCAAUACGUGGAAUCCGCACAGACCGCAUUCCUCAAGUACAGAGAUACAAACCCCCGAGAGCGAGCCAAAUUGCUUUUGAGCUGGCAUGGCCUGAUUACCAACUCACGAAGCGACAUCGCGAAACUUAUAGUCCAUGAGACAGGCAAGCCGAUGUCAGAAGCUCUGGGUGAAGUAGACUACGCCCAAGGCUUUGCAUGGUGGUUUUCCGGCGAGGCUGAGCGCGUCCGGGGCUCAGUAGCGCAGCCGUCCGUCUCGAACAGACGUACACUGGUGAUCAAGCAACCUAUCGGUGUCAGCGUCGCCUUAGUACCCUGGAACUUCCCUGUUGCGAUGAAAAUCCGCAAGGCUGCCGCGGCUCUCGCUGCUGGCUGCACAAUGAUCAUCAAGCCAUCGCCUGAGACUCCACUCAGUAUCCUUGCGCUCUCAGACCUAGCCUUAAGGGCCGGGUUCCCACCGGGAGUCUUGAACAUUAUUACGACAGACAACGAGAACACCCCCACAGUGAGUGAGAGAUUAUGCAAGCAUCCGGUCGUGCGUAAAGUCACAUUUACCGGCAGCACUGCUGUUGGCUCUAUCAUCGCGAAACACUGUAGUGAUGGGCUAAAGAAGGUCACUCUCGAGCUGGGUGGUAACUGUCCAUUCCUAAUUUUCGACGACGGUGAUCUUGACCAAGCCCUGGCCGCACUAAUGGUCUUGAAGUGGCGUACCGCCGGACAGGCAUGCACACACGCCAACAGGGUCUACGUCCAAAGUGGCGUUUACGAGAAGUUCUUGUCGAUGCUAGUUAACGCCACGAAGAAAAUCCAAGUUGGCCAUGGUGCGGCCCCCAACACCACGAUGGGAGCCUUGACCACCACUCGCGGCUUGAUAAAAAUGGAACAACACAUUACCGACGCAAUUUCUAAAGGCGGAGAGGUUGUAUGUGGUGGGAAUAGGUUGACAAAUUUACCAGGAAACUUUUUCGCGCCCACGAUCAUUUCCGGAAUGACGUCUGCCAUGCUGACGAGUCAAGAGGAAAUCUUUGGCCCGCUUGUUGGACUGUAUCGCUUCGAGACAGAAGAGGAAGCUGUCCAGAUGGCGAACGAUACUAGCAUGGGCCUUGGAGCAUAUUUCUUCACCAAAGAUACAAGUCGCACGUGGAGGUUGCUUGAGAGUCUUGAGGCCGGAAUGGUCGGGAUGAAUACAGGAAAUGCUUCUGCAGCCGAGUCGCCUUUUGGGGGUAUCAAGGCUUCCGGGUAUGGAAAGGAGGCAGGCAAAGAUGUCGCGAUAGAAGAGUACCUGAUUUCGAAAACUGGGACUUUGACUGUUGAUCCAAUGUCGAAGUUGUAG